UUCUCAUUACACCCCUAUAAAGCAGUGGUACAGUCCACUCCCCGGAAACCGUAGCGACAGCCUGAACCCCGGUGUGAGAGAGGAGAGAGGAACUGAUUUGUCAGCCGGUGACGAACAAACUGAAGACAAAGAACAAGUUUCACAGACAUCUAUACAGAAUCUGACACACUGGACAAGCUAAAUCUUUUAGAUCUGAAUGGACAAGGCAGCCAGAAGUACACGGCCCAGCUAGUGAAGCCCAUGAAAGGUUCGGUGAUGCCUGUGAAGAAGAAGAGGAAGCUCCCUGCUGCAGAGGAGGAGCCCAAAUGUAAAAUUACCAGUUUCACCCGACCUCAAAUCCGUGGUGCCAGGCCGAUUUCUGACAAGCUGUUCUCUGGGAAGAAGUGCCUGGCCUGGUUCCACAAGUACGCUGGUCCCGACAAGGUGGUCGGUCCAGAGGCCAUGGAGCAGUUCUGUCUGGACAUCGGUGUGGAACCAGAGAAUAUUAUCAUGUUAGUUUUAGCGUGGCAUCUAGAAGCAGCAACCAUGGGUUUCUUCACAAAGGACGAGUGGCUCAGGGGAAUGACGUUUUUACAGUGUGACUGCACAGAGAGGUUACAGAGCAAAUUGGAUUACUUGCGCAGCGAGCUCAACGACUCUGUGGUCUUCAAAAACAUUUAUAGAUAUGCCUUUGAUUUCGCCAGGGAGAAGGACCAGAGGAGUUUGGACAUGGACACAGCUAAAACAAUGCUGGCCUUGCUGCUUGAGAGAACAUGGUCUCUCUUUCCAGUCUUCCAUCGGUUCUUGGAGCAGUCCAAGUACAAAGGCAUGAAUAAGGACCAGUGGUAUAACGUCCUGGAGUUCAGCAGGACCAUCAAGACAGACCUCAGUAACUACGACGAAGAUGGAGCUUGGCCAGUGCUGCUAGACGAGUUUGUGGAAUGGCAGAAAGCUUGGCCCACAUCAUAGCAGACAGCAUCACGUCACCAAAAAGGAGAAAGAGGAAAAACAAAAACACACAAACACACAGGAGGAAUCAUUUUAUCCUUUCAGAAGGCAAGAACUGCGGUUUUUCGAUCUUACAUAUACUGACAGACUUUAACGAUUUCAAACGCACAAACAUGGACUACAGAAUCCUCUCUGCGGACUCUGGGUACAACCACAUCCUCACGGAGACUAUCUCUGUGCAUCAUCAGCCUACUGUGGUCAAAAAAAGCCUUUCUCUAACCGAGUAGUCUUUUUAUAGAGUUCAUUUGGAGACGAGAAGAUGAGGAUAAAAGAAUGUUAAAGAAUACAAAACAUGAACUGGGAGAAGAACUGUGGAAUUUGAGUUUUCUUUAUAAUUAUUUUUUCCCAUUUUGUGACUUAUCUGUAGAUGUUUCAUAUUAAUAAAGAGAAAGUGGAAGUAUUAAAA